AAUGAAUCCAAUGGCUGCUACGACCCAACUGAUGUCUAGAUACACCAAUGUUCUCUCCAAACGUGCUUUCAACACUACUGCUGUGGUCCAAUUAGCCCAAGAGGCCACUUCUGCCAACCCAUUGGCCAAACCUGUGCUAAUGAAAUCCUUUGAGAUUUACCGCUGGAAUCCAGAGAAAUCUGAAGAGAAACCUAGAAUUCAGACUUAUCAGAUUGAUCUGAAUCAGUGCGGUCCCAUGACUCUUGAUGCUCUCAUUAAAAUCAAAAAUGAGAUUGAUCCUACCUUGACAUUCCGUCGUUCAUGUCGUGAAGGAAUCUGUGGAUCUUGUGCCAUGAAUAUUAAUGGAGGCAAUACACUUGCAUGUUUGAGUCGCAUUGAACGUAGCUCUAAGCCUCUUAAAAUUUUCCCUCUUCCUCACACCUAUGUUGUCAAGGAUCUUGUGCCUGAUCUCACCAAUUUUUACAAACAAUACAAGUCGAUCGAGCCAUACCUCAAGCAAAAGACUGCCCCACCUGAGCGUGAAAAUCUGCAAACCAUUGCAGAUCGUGCCAAGCUUGACGGUCUUUAUGAAUGCAUUCUUUGUGCUUGCUGCUCUACUUCUUGUCCUAGUUACUGGUGGAACAGUGACAAAUAUCUUGGUCCUGCCGUUCUCAUGCAAGCCUAUCGCUGGAUGAUUGAUUCUCGUGAUCAAUACGGUGCUGAGCGUCGUGCUGCUUUGCAAGAUCCCUUCUCACUAUACCGGUGCCAUACCAUUAUGAACUGUGCUCGUACCUGUCCCAAGGGUCUCAAUCCUGGUCUUGCUAUUGCAGAGAUCAAAAAACAGAUGGCUCUCGAUGGAUAGGCCUUUCACCGAGUCACUCCACUUAUCACAUGAAUUUCAUAUGCUUGACAACAAUAGCAUUGAUAUUUCUAUUUUCAAAUUAAAAAAUUAAGCCACGAUUCCCACUAU